AUGCAGCGGUACGGGUGCCAAGACUUCGUCGAGGAGAUUGCUCAUCUCCAGAAGCUGGCCGAGAUGCUGCCAGACUCACCAGUCACCGAGAGCAUGGCCAACACCUUCAUGGCUAAGAUCCAGGGAUUCCAGUCCUGGUCCUCGGAGAGCAUCUGCCAAAUGCUUGCCAAGGCCGACGAAGCUUCCAAACUGCCAGAGGCCAUGAAAGCAAAGAUUCUGGACACCAUCCAGAAUUUGUCCAUGAACACCGGCUCCCAGCUCAAGUUGGUGAACACUGGCCAGUCCGUCCAGCGGCUGUGUCCAUACUUGACCAGGCCAGACUGGGUCGCUUUGUCCACCCUCACGAGCCAAACGGACCAGCUGGAGCUCUUAGCCAAAAGACUCCGAGCCAUGGGACUGCAUUCUUUAAAAGAAUGCACCAAGGGCCAAGCGGUCGCCAUUGUCUUGAUGGUGCAAGCUUCGCAAGGCAAGCCAAGCCUUUCGGCAGCUGCCAUCAACUCGGCAGUCCAGGACUUCGGAAUCAUCUUCCAGUCCCUGCCAAGCAGCAAUUGCCCCGGCGCCAGCAGAUAUCCAGACCAUCCAUCAGAGAUGGGCCAGCUUUGGCUCUCCAAGGCCUAUGGUCCAGGCGACCAGCCAGAUCUGCAGGACCCAUGCCUGGCUCCAUUUUUGAAGAAAGUGCCUCUUCGAAGCACCCAUGCUUCAUUGGCCGGCGGCACCAGGUGCAGGUCCAAGCGGCCUCCAGCGACACCUCAGGGCUCCACCUUAAGCUUCGACCAGGAGCUGGAAAUGCUGAAGCUGCGGCAUGGCAUCCAAGCCCAAGCAGCCACACAAGGCACAGCCACUCUGCAGGGAAGCCAAGGGCCCACCGCCGCAGCAACAGCAGUGUUGCCUUGGCUGUCGCCGCGAAGCAUGGUCCAGUCCCACAGCCAGAGUGCUGCCAGCACAACUGCCCCUGGCCAGGUCUUUGGCCAGAGCACAGCAUCUGCCGCUGCUUUGCCACUUCCUCCGGCAAGCCCGCCUCCUGAAGCCACGACCAGAGUCGAAGCAGCUCCCACGGAGACGACUGCCAAGGAAGACAAUGCCAAGCAGGACGCCAAGACAUUGCAGGAGUACGAGCAGGAGCAGUUCCAGAAGCUGCUGGAUGCCAAGGCCGACAAGAAGAAGAAGGCCAAGGAGGACGGCCAGGCCGACCAGAAGCCCAAGAAACAGCAUAUGAAGCGGCCAGCAGCAGCCAUGUCUACCCGACAAAGCUCGGCGAACCAGGGCACCACCUGCAACGGCCAUGAGGCUGGCAAAGGUGCCACCGCCGCCAAAGGCGGCAGCACAAAGAUCCUCUACGGAUGUAUCCGCUGUCGUGGUAAUGUUAAGGGAUGCUCCAGUUGUUGGGACCCAAACUUUCGGGGCACCCGUCUCCACGGCCGCCAAGCUUGGAGGGAGUACAUCGAGGCCCACAAAGCCAACAAGGCCAUGAAGAAGGCUCCCAAGAAGUAG